GCUUGAUCCCAAAAACCUGCCUUGCUUCCUGGCACAGAGAAUCGAGAGAACGCCUUCAGGUUCGAACAGCCAACUUCCUGAUUGAGAGUUGAGAAAGGGUUUGUUUGGGCAUCGCUUGAUCUCUUGUCUUGAUCUCUUGUGCUUUUUUAUUCUCAACCUGUGAAGGGUCUUUUAUCUAUUGCUCUUGUUUGUUUGUACUACGGUAUAGCAAGGCAACCUCUCUUUGUUUGUUUGUGUUUACUCUUUGCCAUGGCGCAGAUUCUUCCAACGUUUGCUCCAACCAUCGCGCCAACGUCUCAUGUGCGCGUGCAAUUGAUCAAUCCGGAGCCGCUGGUGAUUUGGGAUCAGUCUCAGUUCAAUGACCUGUCGUCCGAAGAGCUGCUCCUGGAGGCUGCUUCUCAGCAACAUCAAGAAGAAGAAGAGGCCGCCGCCCGCACGCCUCUUCGACAGGGAAGCAGCAGUAGCAACAUCGGCUUCGGCGGCGCUCCACCUCUGGAAAUUGUGCUCCGGAAGAGACUGCCCGAUGUUCCGUCUCAAUCUCUACCGCCCAGUCCUCGAUCGCCGCGAAAGCCCACCUACAUGUACAUGGCUCCGAGUGCCCAUGUCUUGUCUCGAAGGCGAUCCUCGUCUCGUAGUUGCGAUACGACCAAGAAGGAAUGUGAUUCCUCGUCCAUCGAAGGAUCCGUCAAGUCCGCACCAACCCAUCCAUCGCUGCCCAUGAUUAUGCAUCCGCCGCCCUCCAUGCCGCCGCCCUCCAUGCCGCCGCUGCCACCUCCUCCACCACCCUCUUCGAUUGAUGUGGCGGUGCCAUUGGCCGUGACACCAUCCGCUCCUAUCGUGGAGCAGGAGCCGCAGCCCAGCGACUCGUCCUCGGCGGUCAUGGGAUUUCUGCACGAGCGAUUUUCCACCUUUGAAUCCAAUAUUGGUGUGUUGACGACAGCCAAUCGGCGGGUGGUAGAACAACAGAUUCCAAAGAGUGGUCCACUAGGGCGAUUUUUGGAGGCUCGUGUGACGACCUUUUUGAAGAAUGUAGAGUUUCUCACAGGGCUACAAGUGUCGUCGAGUAAAACAAAAACAACGAAAAAUACAGCCAAGAAUCCGCAGCUCUUGUUGGAAGGGGACUCAUCAUCACAAAAAGAGAGUCAUCAGCAAAUUAGUAAGGAAACUGGUAAGGAAAAGGCCGAGGAGGAGGCUUCUGUUGCGCUAACAGAAGCCUCCAAAAUUAGGGAUUCCAGGCAACCAACAACAACAACACCACAGCCAGACGAAACAGAUUAGUAUAGUUACAAAUAAUAUUAUUGUGUAAAACUACAUAAAGGAGCAUCUUGUCUACAUGCC